UCAUAAUUUAUAUGAAAGUCUUUAAUCACAUCUUUUACAAUAUAUUUUAAGCAAUAUGCUUUUGUCUUUUUCUCUGACACUCAUUGUCUUUAACAUUAAUAUUAUGAAUUACCUAUACAAUAUCUUGCCUUUUGAUUGCAGGUUUCAUACAUUUUUUUGUUUUUUUCAUACUGUAACUCAUAGAAAUAUUUCUGCCAAUACUAUUUUGAUUAUAUUUUAUACAUGACAUUAAAAGGUUGUACAUUGCCUUAACAUUUUUUAGUUUUUGCUUCAUUAUUAGAAUUAAAUUAGUAUUUUUUGUUAAUUCAAUGCAAACUGAUGUGUGGGACAAGAGUCACAUGACAUAUAGCCAACCCACCUGUGAUCUUUCGGUAUUUAUUGAGUCGUUGCAUCGUAUGGACAGAUAACGUAGCUUUCAUUGCGACAGGAAACGGUUAUAUGUGGUUACGCUGUCAUUACAUAUACUUAUUAUUAGUACACUGAACUUUUCUUCGAGGCCUACGUGGACAAAAAUUUUCGGUUUACCCACCAACAAUAAAAUGGAAAGGACCUGCACUUUUUCAGUUUUUGGAAAGGCACGGACAAUUUCAAAAUCCCUGCCAAAUAUAUUAGAGGUCAUUCACAAGUAUGCUGAACCCGGGACCAGUCUAAAGACCUACAGUAUUCACAAAGUGCAUGGCUUUUGGGAAAAUGUCUCAAGAGAUUUGGGAGUGCCUAAUACAUGUCUUAAUAGGAAAAAAAUUCUCAAAGCAGUCCUGCAGUAUGAAAAGACCACAUCAGGGGUAGAGGGUCCCUUACUACAGACUGAUUUUCCUACUGCAGAGACAACACUUGGAGAUGAUGUUCCUUCCAUUAAUGAGGAAGACGUUGUUGCGCCAAAGUCUCCACAAUCUGUAGGAAAUGUACCUUUACCUUCAAGAAAAGAGGAUGCACUUCAAAAAACUGCAGAGAGCGGCAUCCAUACCCCAGACACACAAUCCCUCGAGAGUGACUCUAAAUCUUCAUCUUCAAAUGCAAAUGCUAAGAGGAAUGAAUCAGAUGAAUCAGCUAAGGUCAACACAGACAGUAGCAGUUCAGGAGAAAGAUUUUUCACAUCUGGUUUGCCACAGCAGAAAACUUUCUUUUUCAUAAAUGAGAAUGAAUGGAAGGAGUUACGGCAACAUCAGUCAGGAAGACUAUUUAAAGGACUGCAGUGGACAAAUAUAAUUGCCAGUGGAAUCAGAACCCUUAAUCCGUACUGCAGUUUUGGAUUUCGGAGACACAGUGUGAAAAAACUCUCUUCAAGAUCAAAGGCACCGGUUUUCAGGUGUAUGGGGUACUGCAGAUUUCAGGACUGCCCUGUCACUGUGGAUGUGGUGGUUUAUGAUGAAGAGACACUGAAAGCAGAAGUCGUUUUUAAAGGAGGUGAGGUCUGCCAUAAUAACAAAGAGCUGAAAAGGCAGCCUGUGUGUGCACAAUCACGUCAAAGUACUGGAGAACUCCUCAAAAACAAAUUACCAAGGAGCUUGUACUUGGAGUCUUUACAGAAAGUGCCACAAAAGCUGAUCCAACCUGGCAACAGGGAUGAUGCUCCAACAAAAGAAGUCUUGAAAAACAUUGCAUGGUCUGAAAGAAAAGCCAGUAGAGCAGAUCCCAACGAGUUGAUGAGCUUACAAAAGAUAAUUCAACAGUAUCAGGACACUGAAAAGGAUGUACUGCAGAAGAUUCUGAUGCAUCCAAAGGGCAUAAUGCUAUGGUCUAAGAAAACCUUGUCAGUUUUUCAUCAAAGAUGCAAAGAAGACAUUGUGUACUUUGAUGCCACUGGAAGUAUAAUAAGAAAAGAAAGUGCUGGAAGGCCACCAUAUUAUGUGUAUGAGUUGGUUGUCAGAAACCCGUCCAAAGGUGCUUCUCCUCUUCCAGUUGCUACAUAUGUCACAUGUGACCACACUACUGCCUCUGUGACAUACUUCUUGCAGGCCUUUCAGACUGAUCUGGUAAGAGCAUUUGGUAAUUGGGCCUACAACAGGCCUGUCAUGUUCAUGUGUGAUGGAUCCCUAGUACUCCUUCGAUCCAUUUCCAUGACAUUCUGCAGAACAAGUCUAGAGGAUCUGCUGCAGAAGUACUAUGUCUUACUCACUGGCCAGCAUUCAGCACAGCAAUUCAACAUUCCCAUUCUUCAUCGAUGUUUGAGCCAUUACAUUUAUAUCAAUAAUUAA